AUGGACGCCCGCGCCGAGGCGCUGCGAACGAUCGCGGCGGCGUUGGCGACGCCGGGGAAGGGCGUGCUCGCCGCGGACGAGUCCACGGGGACGAUCGGGAAGCGCUUGGCGACCAUCGGGGUGGAGAACACGCUCGAACAGAGAGUCGCGUUACGCGAGCUGCUCUUCGAUGCGCCGAACUGCGCGGCGGCGUUGAGCGGUGUGAUUCUUUACGAUGAGACGCUGCGGUCGACUGGGAAGGGAGGGGCGACGUUCGUGGAGAUGUUGCGGGCGAACGGGACGAUCCCGGGGAUCAAGGUGGACGCGGGCGUCGUCCCGCUCCCGGGAUCGCCCGAGGAGACCGCCACGGCUGGAUUGGAUGGUUUGGAUGAAAGAUGUAAGGAAUAUUACGACUUGGGGGCGCGGUUCGCGAAGUGGCGAGCGGUGUUGAAGAUUGACGAGGCGCGCGGGUUCCCGAGCGCGCUCGCCGUGGCGGAGAACGCGAACGCGCUCGCGAGGUACGCGACGAUAUGUCAGCGAAACGGGCUGGUGCCCAUCGUGGAGCCGGAGAUUUUGAUGGACGGUGCGCACGACAUCGAGACGUGUCUGCGGGUGACGCGUCGGGUGUUGGACGCCGUGUUCUCGGCGUUGCGUCUGCACGGGGCGCAGAUGGAUGGGAUGAUUUUGAAGCCCAACAUGGUCACCGCGGGUUCGGCGCACCCGAGCGCGAACGGUGGAGACGAUGUUGUGGCGGAGAUGACGCUUCGAGCGCUUCGCGACGUCGUGCCGCCGGCGGUUCCGGGGAUUUUGUUUCUCUCCGGCGGUCAGACGGAGGAGCAAGCGACGGAGCGUCUUCGCCUGAUGAAUCGCUCCAGCAUCCCGCGCGCGCCGUGGACCUUAUCAUUCUCCUACGGCCGCGCGCUUCAGGCGAGCUGCCUCAAGGCGUGGGGCGGAAAGGCUGAAAACGUCCCCGCGGCGCAGGCGGCUUUCUUUGCUCGAUGCAAGGCAAAUUCCGAAGCCUCGAUCCGCCCGUGA